GGAAAAUAUUUUUUUCAACAUGACAAUUUUAAUAAUAUUUUGUACUGUUGGUUUUCUAAUUGAGGCAAAGGCUUUUAUUCUCAACCAAGAAAAAAUAGAUCUGACGCUGCACAAGAACUGGCCUCUGGUGUAUCACGACGAGAACUGUGGCCGCAGCAAACUGCCGCUGGCUUCCAAGUCUAUUGGUGGCCACAAUGUCGACUUGGGAGAAUACCCGUGGAUGGCACGUCUUGUCUACAGAUCUUCCAGAGACGAUUCCGAGACCGGGGCCUGCGGUGGAUCCCUGAUAAACAAACGCUACAUCCUCACAGCGGCUCACUGCUGUCUUGAUGACCCUAAAAAUACAUUUGGAGAAAACCCUUUUGCAAAUGAUAUUUGUUUAAUUCGACUCAUCCAUGACGUCGAGUUUACUGAUUAUAUACAGCCAGUUUGUCUUCCCUCCGCAAUAGACAACGAUGAGAAGAACUUAUAUUAUCUGAACAUGACAGUGGCAGGAUGGGGGACCAUGGAAAAUUUCCCCCAAACCAGAAAUCCACAUACACUCCAAGAUGUCGACGUUGUCGUCAGGCCUACGGAGUUCUGUGAUGUCCAACUAGGAAUGCAAUUUGACUGGGUGAGUCAGAUCUGCGCAGGGGCGAGUGAGCCCAGCAUUAGCCCUUGCCCUGGAGACUCUGGGGGUCCUCUCAUGUAUUACAACACUACAGGAGGCUCAGGCAGAUAUGAGGUCAUGGGUAUCGUCUCUGGUGGCUACCCUUGUGUGUACACCAACCACGAGGCCCAUCCUGGCAUCUACGCUAGAGUGUCCACCGCAAUGCCUUGGAUCUUAAAUAGCAUCCACUGAUGAUUCGUAAAUUAGU